AUGUUGAAUCAGACUUCAGUCAUUGAAUUUCUCCUCCUGGGAUUAACAGACAUACAAGACCAACAGCCUUUUCUUUUUGCUGUUUUCCUCACAAUCUACCUUGUGAAUGUGGCUGGGAAUGGAGCUAUCCUGAUGAUUGUCAUCUCUGAUCCUAGACUCCACUCACCUAUGCAUUUCUUCCUGGGAAACCUGUCAUGUCUAUAUAUCUGCUACUCCACAGUGACACUGCCAAAGAUGCUGGAGAACUUCCUCUCUACACACAAAGCAAUAUCUUUCAUGGGAUGCAUAAGCCAACUUCAUUUCUUCCACUUCCUGGGUAGCACAGAGGCCAUGUUGCUGGCAGUGAUGGCAUUUGACCACUUUGUAGAUAUCUGCAAACCACUUCAUUACACUGUCAUCAUGAAUCCCCAGCUCUGCACCCAGAUGGCUAUCACCAUUUGGGCCACUGGAUUAUUCUAUGCCCUGCUGCACUCCAUAAUGACAUCUCACUUGAACUUCUGUGGUCCCAACCACAUCCAUCUCACUAUUGCGCUCACAGGAGAGUGUCAGGCCAGUGCUUACAAGAUUCCUGUUUGGUCUGAUAUGAAGCCUAGCAUUGCUGAACAUAAUAAGUGGGAUGAGAUGGACUGGUUGAAUCCUGUAACAUUACGGGUGACGGCCCGAUUACAGCCAGUGAAAGGGCAAUCGCCUUGA